AUGUCUACUUCUUCAACACCUACCCAGUUUUCCCAACACUUGCUUGAAUCCUUCCAUCCGAGAAAAUUUCUGCAACAUUCGUCCCUUUAUUCGAGCGAAUCCCCGGCUCAAGCUAAUAGCAAAGUCGAUGAGAAUGUAAUUUUCGUCCUCUCGGUCCUUAUGUUCAGUGUGUUCACGUCUUUGGGGUUGUUUUUUAUGGUGAAGUGUGCGGUUCGAUGCUGGAGCUCUGUUACUUCAAUCGCAAACGCUUCGGCCAAGUCGGUGACAGGGGGAGUUGAGAAGAAUGUUUUAAAAGCGUUCCCGACUGUGAAAUAUACAUCGGAGUUGAAACUGCCGGGAUUGGACAUGGCUUGUGUUAUAUGCUUAUCCGAGUUUGUUGCGGGGGAACGUGUGCGGAUUUUGCCAAUGUGCAACCAUGGAUUUCAUAUUCGAUGCAUUGAUAAAUGGCUUAGUUCGCAUUCUUCGUGCCCUACGUGCAGGCGCUGCCUGGCUGCAACAGACCAAGAGAUCGCUGUUAACUGCAGCAGGACAGAGUCAUCGGUGCAGUCUGGUCCGGUGCAAGAAAGUGUAUAGCAGUGAAGAGGUAGAAAA